AUGACCAUUAAGGAUAUUGAGUACAAGGGGUUUUUGACAGAACUCAGGGAAGUCGAUGGAGCUAGAAUAAUAUCUAUCCUGAACGACCAAUCAACAUACCACUUCUUCACUAAGGACGACAUUUUUCAGCAGCGACAAGCAGACGGACAGGCCAUAGAUGUGUUUACACUUAACAACCGGUAUUCAUCCGACACUUUCCAGGGCAUCAUACCAGAUACUAGAGCCUCUGGGGUUUCGUCUGCUGGUGAACCUCAGUUCAUAGCAUUACGUAGGCUAGACCCCAAAGUCAGACUCAACACCUCCCGGGCUGGGGAACAGAAGAUCAAAUUCGGAGAUAGGGAUCCAAAACCCUCGUUAGGGACUAUCAACGUCGAUACCCCAAUUAGCACUAUUACGUUUCACGUCCUUCCUACGAACACACCAUUUCUCUUCUACCUCAAGGACAUAGAUACUAUAGGAGUGGAGCUCCGAAACAAGAAAAACGUGCUCAAACGAGGAGACAAGAGAGUACCUAUCGUGCGUAAAUGGGGACACCCAUGGAUGUUGCUACACAAUCUAGAGGAGAUAGCAGCAUGGAGUCACCUCACCGAAACGGAGCUACGACAACUCCACCGACAUUUUGGACACCCAUCAGUCCGGAAACUGACGCGGAUCCUUCAACGUACCGGGCACAAGGUUAAUUCACAGUACAUCGACUACCUCACGAAAUUCUGCCACCAUUACCAAAUGAAAGGUAAGUCCCCCGGACAAUUCAAGUUUACCCUGAAAGACGACUAUAAGUUUAACUACUCAGUUAUCAUCGACAUUCUAUACCUCAAAGGAAAACCCAUUUUACAAGUUAUUGAUACAGCCACAUCAUUUGGUACUACUAGAUUCCUGAGAGACAUGUCAGUACGUAAUGCUUAG